GAUUAGCAGAAGAUGGAUGACUGUGACAGAAUGUUAACAGGCAGAAAGUUCAGUAUUAAUUGAAUCCAGGUGUGUGUGUGUGAGAGAGAGAGAGAGAGAGAGAGAGAGAGCUGGGACUCACCUCAUCGUCAAAAUCAUCUCCGAUGCUGAACAGGCUACUUAACUUGCAAGCCUGCAACACAGGGCCGUUUCGUGGACGAGGAUGCUGGAUCAAUACUGCCGUUUGCUGGCCAUUUGGGGUACUGCAAGUAUCAGCUUGCAUCCUGAUCUAUUAAUACCUACAGUUGUGCUGAAGUUGUGUUCGAGCAACAAUCGUGUGACUGUGUCCACAAAUGAAGGGCAUUUAAUUCGGAGCUCUGUUUGUGAUAUUUAACAUGAAAAGAAAGCAAAACUGGUUAAAAAAAAAAUAAUGAGAGUUUUUGCUUGACCUCUGCCAGGACCCCUGUGACUCCAUGAGGGUGAGUUGAAGCUGAAGGCUGAUCUUUCUCUCAACAGAACAGCCCUAGUGCUAUAGAGAAAAGUCCCUGCUGCUUUACUGCAUGACAAACAGAUUCAACUUACAGCUUGCAUAAAACAAGAAAACGGCCUAACAUACCUUCUACUGUGAUUUGUAGGUGCAUCUUGUCAUAUUCAAAGUAUCAUGUCAAAGGACACAUUUCCGUUCUCUUCCACCUCACUGCGCUCUCUGAGACUGGAACAGGAGUUUCAGGAGUGGGAGGAUGCUCGGCGAUCAUUGGCUCACAGGAGAACCAUGACCAGGGCCCCGCUGCCCCGAGCCCCAAGGCCUCCAACGAGGCAGCAAGGGCAGCGUCUUCAGGAGGUCCGGGCCCCUCCACCACAGGUCCGGUGCAGGGACACUGCGAUCCACAAUACUUUCAUGUGUGGGGAUAUGAAGGGAGUGUAUGCGGUGCUGAAGGACCCUGGGAUGGUCAAUGCCCUGAUGGAAACAGUACAUGAGGAGAUGAUAUGGGCUCCAGAGAUGGGCAUGUGGACGCUGAGCUCCAAGGUGAAACAAACUUCAGCACUACGACUGGCUUCCAGCAGAGGGCACACAGGAUGUGUGGAAGAGCUGCUGUUCAGAGAGGCUGAGGUGAAUGCAGACCCUGGAGGAAGCACAGCUCUCCACGAUGCCUGCGCAGGCGGCCAUACUGUCUGUGUCCAGUUGCUGCUUGGCCACGGAGCAGAUCCUGAAAAGCUGUCUGUAGACGGCAGUGCUCCUCUUCACCUCUGCACCUCUGCCCAGUCAUUCCAGUGUGCUGCGUUGCUGUUGAAAGGAGGCGCAGAUGUCAACGUGAGGAUGAGGGAGUCGAGGCUCACGCCGCUGCACACAGCUGCUCGGCGAGCCCUGGAGGAGCACGUGGAGCUCUUCCUCAGCCACGGAGCCGAUAUAUUGGCCACAAACCAGGAGGGGGAGACCCCUUUGAACGCUGCGUGUUCAGGCGCUGAGAGGCCCUCGGAGGCAGGCCGUUAUUUGCGUGUGAUUCAAAGCCUGUUGGGUGCAGGAGCUGACCCCAGAACUGCAGGCAGGAAGCAGCACACACCCUUGCACAAUGCCUGUGCUAACUGCUGCCCUCGGAUUGUAGACAUCCUCCUGCAGCAUGGAGCCAAGGCAGAUGUGACCAACUGUGCAGGAUACACGCCAAUGGACUGUCUGUUACAGGUGGUUGAAGAUUACCCUGAUCAGCAACCGGAAGCAAUAGCACGGUCACUCCUGAACCAUGGAGCGAAGCCAGUUUUACCAAAGAUGUUGAAGCAGUGUGUCCUCUCUCCUGCCACUCUGGAGGUGAUGUUGAACUCAUAUACAUCCAUCCCUCCCUGUGAUUGGAUGGACUGUCUGAGUGCUGAUAUAUACGAGGAGCGUCGCUCUUUCUUCGACUUGGUGCGCCAGCGGAGCACUCUGCCACGCUCUCUGCAGCAUCUCUGUAGAUGUGCUUUGCGUCUGUGGCUCGGAUCUCGGUGUUAUUCAGCUGUCAGUAAACUGGAAAUUCCCAGCUCUUUAAGGGAUUACCUGCUGCUGUGUAACGAUGGGACACUUCAGUGACUUAUCUUUUUUUUUUUAUCAGUUUAGUUCUUCUUUAAAUUUAGAUCUACUUUUGAUUGCAAUAAAAUGUUGUUUCUUCUGAUAUUUCUAACUUGAGCUUCACUCAUGUUAGCUUUUUUCAAACAGAAAAACCAUGAUGUCGUUGAGUAAGAUAUAAUAUUUCAAACACAAUAUUAACGAAAUGAUAGGCCUACCUAGUUACAAUAUUAAAUACAUGCUUACACACGGGCGGCUGUGGCUGAAUGGGAUUAGUUACUUCUG